AUGGAUUUCUUGGAGGUUGGGAACCACACUACAGUGACAGAGUUCAUUUUAUUGGGAUUAACAGAUGACCCAGUUCUUAGAGUUGUCCUCUUCACCAUCAUCCUGUGCAUCUACCUGGUGACUGUGUUUGGGAACCUCAGCACCAUCCUUCUCAUCAGAGUCUCUUCCCAGCUCCGUCACCCCAUGUAUAUUUUUCUCAGUCACUUGGCUUCUGUCGACAUAGGCAUUUCAUCAUCGGUCACACCCAAUAUGCUUGUUAACUUCCUGGUAAAGCAAAAUACCAUUUCCUACAUUGGAUGCUCUGUACAGUUUGGCUCAGCUGCUUUCUUUGGGACAGUUGAAUGCUUCCUUCUGGCUGCCAUGGCUUAUGAUAGGUUUGUAGCAAUCUGUAACCCACUGCUUUAUUUCACCAAAAUGUCCACAGAAGCCUGUAUCCAGUUGGUUGUAGGAUCCUAUUUACAGGGUUUUCUUAAUGCUUCUCUUUUUACUCUUUCCUUCUUUUCCUUGUUCUUCUGCGGACCAAAUAGAAUCAAUCACUUUUACUGUGAUUUUGCUCCUUUGGUGGAACUCUCUUGUUCUGAUGUCACUGUCUCUGUUGUUGUAACAUCAGUUUCUGCUAGUUUUAUCACAAUGAUAACAAUAUUUGUCAUAGCCAUCUCUUAUUCUUAUAUUUUCAUCACCAUUAUUAAGAUGCACUCUGCCGAAGGUCGACAGAAAGCCUUCUCCACCUGCACCUCCCACCUUACUGCAGUCAUUCUGUUCUAUGGAACUGCUAUAUUCAUUUAUGUGAUGCCCAAGUCCAGCUACUCCACAGACCAAAACAAGGUGAUGUCUGUAUUCUACACGGUGGUGAUACCAAUGUUGAACCCCCUCAUCUACAGCCUCAGAAAUAAUGAGAUUAAGGGUACUCUGAAGAGACAACUUGAUAAGAAAAUAUUUUUAGAGUAA